UGAUUUUUUUGAAUAAUUUCUCGUAGUUUUAAAGUCAUCAUUUUUUUUCCGAUGAUGAUAAACCAUACUUACACUGAUUCUUUAGUAGAUUCUUUAAAAUAUAAACAUCCUGACAGAGUUAAAAAGGAUCUUCAGAUAUUACAAAAUAAUUAUAAAGAUCUCUCACCAAUGACUGGAACAUAUGUUUUUAAAAAUUUUUAUGGAAAUAAAAGAGAAUUAAUCAAACUAAAUGGAACUAUUCCAAUCUUAUAUAAAGGCAAAACCUACAACAUACCCAUUCGUAUGUGGGUUCCAGAAAAUUAUCCCAACACUUCACCCGACUGCUUCGUUACACCUACCCCUAACAUGCUCAUCAAACCUUCCAAGUACAUAGAUUCGGAUGGGAAAAUUUACCUGCCAUACUUUAAGGAUUGGAAACAAGCUUGCGACCUCGUAGGUUCAAUCCAAGUUAUGCAAUCCGUAUUCGGUGAUCACUGCCCAGUUUUUACUAAAACGACUGCUUCGUCAUCCAUCCCUUCCCAGCAAUCGUCGGACCACCCAUCCCACCUCCUUCCUUACACGUCGAACCCGUCCAACUUGCCAUACCCGUUACAGUCCGGCAUGCCCAAAAUUUCUACCCAACAACACACCGGGCACGAUUACGAUCUCAGUAGCAGCUAUCCCUCCAUACGUUCUCCGCCACUCGAUAAAGAAGCCAUCAGGAUUUCUCUCGUAUCCGCCCUGAAGGACAGGAUAAAUAACAUGCUUACAGAGACCUUCGAGCGAGCCCAAACUGAAAUGGAUAAUUUACUCAAAACGGAACAGAGGCUGAAGGACGGUGCCAUCGUGAUUCACAAUAUCAUGACAGUUUUGGAUCAAGAAAAUAACGAGGCGAAGUUAAAGCUGAAAACCCUCAAGGAAGCCUUAGAGGAGGGCAAGCGUGAUUCCAUUAAAUUUCUUCCAACAAAAAUAGAAGAUAAAAAUGAAAUGGCAGACGAUACGAAAAAUGCAGAUAAUAAAUUGGAGAAGUCCGACGAAGAAUUCGCGUAUUUAGACGAAACCGUGAAUGCCACUACCCCAAUCUAUAAACAAUUACUUAAUGCCUACGCGGAAGAAAAUGCCAUACUCGAUAUCACGUUUUAUCUUGGAGAAUCUCUCAAGCACAAAAUUCUCACUCUGGACGAUUUCUUAAAGAAUAUUCGAGAAUUAUCGAGGAAGCAAUUCAAACUUAAAGUUCUGAUGCAAAAAUGUCGCCUGGCUGCUGGAUUACAAAUAUGAAAAUCAAAUAUUACGUUACAUCGUUUAUUAUUAUAUUAUUCCAUCUAUAUAUACAUGGCAUUUCAUGCGAACCCUUUAAUCGAAUUAUUGUUUUCUUUUUUACAACGUAGUAAGGAAUUGCGAUUCCUAUUAUCAUUUAAAUAUUAUAGUGUUCUAACUUCAUUUUCCUUUCAAAUUUUAGUUUAGAGAUCAAAAUCCAUUUCAUGCACGAGUUUCUUACACACCCCCCCCUUCCUUGCUUUAAAAAAGUAAUCUCCAAAAAUUUAUUUUAAAUUAGUAUUUUUUUUUAAAUAAAAAAUUGAAAAAGUGUACUUGAAGUUCAAAUACAAUUUUUCAAAAUAUUUGCCUCUCAACACCCCCCCCCCUCUCCUCCCGUUUUCGUUGAUCAUUUUUUCCUCCCACCGAUUCUUGGGAUAUUUGUAUUAUUUAAUUCCAUUCAUUUAUUUUCCCAUCCAUUCCUUUAAAAUACAUUUUUUUUUAUAUUAAAUAUAUUAUAUUUUUUUUGUAGAUAAAUUUAUUAUUAAUUAAGUAACCUAUAAAAAAAAUCAAAAAUGAUUAUUAUGAAAUCCAAAUAUUUAUUUAUUAUAUAAUUAUUAUGAAUAA